UUGCAUUACGCGUUUGACUCUUGAAGGGUAUAAUAUUUUCAUUUUUCACUCUCCGUAUACAUUUUUCAAUGAUUGCUGGUAAUUAAAACAACACAACGCGUUCAAUUGACACCAACUAAAAUGCGUAAUGUGCCGAAAUCACUCGGUCUAUUAGUUACGACGCCAGGCGGAAGCGCUGCGGGAGGCACAGACAGUGGCAUAUCGACAAGUGGGCGGCACAAUAGCCUGGAGGACAUCAACCUGGAUCAAUUUCUAAAGACAAUCAACUACGAGGAUACCGUAAAGCAGCUGGACAUUUACUAUGGCAUUGUCAAACGUCAGCUGUUGCGUUAUCAGAGCCCCAUCACUGGUCUGUUUCCGGUGAUGAGCACCGAUCAAGUGGUGGGUUCAGUACGUGACAGUGUUUACUGUGCUGCCGCCGUAUGGAGUUUGUAUCAGGCCUACAGACGCAUUGAUGAUGAUCGUGGCAAAUCUUAUGAGCUUGGCCAGAGCACGGUCAAGUGCAUGCGCGGCAUUCUGGAGUGCUGGGUGAAGCAAGCAUCCCGCGUUGAGCUCUUCAAGCAGCGACAAUCCAAUCAACAUGCGUUGCACAGCAAAUUUCAAUUGCACACGGGCGAAAAGAUCUAUCCAGAUGAGUUCUACAAUCAUCUACAAAUUGAUUGCGUGUCACUUUAUCUGCUUUUCCUGGUGCAGAUGAUCACCUCAGGAUUGCAAAUCAUUUACACACACGAUGAGGUGGCCUUUGUCCAGAAUCUUGUCUACUACGUGGAGCGUGCAUAUCGCACACCAGACUUUGGCAUGUGGGAACGUGGCUCCAAGUACAACAACGGCACACCGGAGAUACAUGCCUCUUCCAUAGGCAUGGCCAAAUCAGCUUUGGAGGCCAUUAAUGGCUGCAAUUUGUUUGGCGAGAAAGGUGCCUCCUGGAGCGUUGUCUACGUGGACAUUGAUGCACACAACCGUAAUCGCAGCAUCUUCGAGACAAUGCUGCCACGUGAAUCCAGCUCCAAGGGCGUGGAUGCUUCCCUCUUGUUGACGCUUUCUUUCCCGGCCUUUGCCUCGCAUGAGGAUCGUUUAGUGGAGCAGACCAAACAGAAUGUUGUUAAUCGUCUGCGCUGUAAAAUGGGCUUCAAACGUUUCACUCGCGAUGGUUUCCUCAGCAAAACAGAGGACAAGACACGUCGAUAUUAUCAGGGAGGCGAGCUAAAGGAGUUCGAGGGUCUCGAAUGUGAAUGGCCGCUGUUCUUCAUAACGAUGAUUAUCGAUGGUGUCUUUAAGAAUAACAACGAACAGAUUGAAGAGUAUCAGAACGAAUUGCGGCGCUGCUUGCGUACCGAUGUCAAUGGUGAUCCCGUGGUCACCAUGUACUAUGCGCCCGAUGGCGAUGGCUCCUAUAUGCGUGCCCCCUCGCAAUCCCUCUUCCUUUGGGGCCAAUCCUUCUUCAUUAUUGCACAGCUGCUGACUGCAGGGUUGCUGCAUAUCAACGAAUUGGAUCCCAUACGUCGCUAUUUGCCAAGUUAUAAUCGACCCAGGCGAGCUGGUCGCUAUUCAGCCUUUCAGGGCAAAGCUAUUGAUGAUAAAAACAAAGCUAAACCGGGCACUGGCACUGCCACAGAUUUGGUGGUGCAAAUUGUGCUUAUUGCCGAGUCCAUGAGGCUGCAGGCCAUGAUGGCCACCUAUGGCAUACAAACCCAGACGCCACAUGAGGUGGAACCUGUGCAAAUCUGGAGCUCCACUGAGCUCAUCAAAGUCUACCAGCACCUGGGUGUUAACAACAAGGUUGGAUUGUCGGGUCGUCCAUCCCGUCCAGUUGGUUCGCUGGGCACCAGCAAAGUUUAUCGCAUCUGCGGCAUGACCGUGCUCUGUUAUCCAUUGAUCUUUGAGGUUUCCGACUUUUAUUUAUAUCGCGAUAUGGCAUUGCUAAUCGACGACAUCAAGACGGAACUGCAAUUUGUGGGAAAAUAUUGGCGACUUUCGGGCAGACCAACAGUUUGUCUGUUGAUAAGAGAGGAGCACAUGCGUGAUCCGCAGUUCAAGGAGAUGUUGGAUCUGCUUGCCAUGCUGAAGAAGGGUUAUUGCGAUGGUAUGAAGGUGCGCAUUGGUCGCCUGCAGAAUCUCAUCAGCAGCUCCUGCAUCGAGCAUUUGGAUUUCAUGAACCAAAGCGAUCUGACCGACAAUGAGAAUGCAUUCUCGCAAAUCAAUCACGAGUAUAUUGGCUAUCAAUCACUAACAGAUGUGCCCAAGGCCCUCACUUAUGUCGAGGAGAAGGUCUCCUUUGCUCAUUAUGACAGCCAACCCACGCCGGAUAUUAUCAAUGCCCUUCGCAACACUGAGUCCAUCUAUUGCCUCUGCCAGCUGUGGGGCAUUCUACUGAACCGUGAAGGACCACACUUUGAAGUGAAUGGUCUCAAUGUUAACACAGCUCUGACGCAGCUUUAUCAUCGCGCUGGGUCGUUGCGUUAUUGGCGCGCCGUGCGCUAUUGUUCCUCGUUGUUGCAUCACAUUGUGGACUCCAUCAGCCCGUUCAUUACCACUGUGCUGGUCAAUGGCAAGGAACUAACCGUUGGCAUCAUUGGCCAAAAAGAAACCGUGUUCGAUAAACCAAUGACGCCGGCAGAGAUUCAAAAUGUCAUGUAUACCAGCGUACAGCCAUAUAAUGUGAUUCAGGCUGUGCUUCAACAGGAGGUGGUUUUAUAUUGUGGCCGUCUCAUUGCCACCAAUCCGUCCAUGUUCCGUGGAAUAUUGAAAAUCCGCAUUGGUUGGGUACUCGAGGCCAUGCGCAUCUAUCUGCAAAUUUCGGGACAACAGAGCAUCGAUGUGGACAAUCUAUCGCCGUUCCAAGUACGCAUUCUGCUGCAAAAGGUGCUUACGGUUAGCGAGUGGGCUGUGGAGGAGAAAUUGACAACCCUACAACGCCGACAGUUGGAAGGCUGUUUGUGCCGCGUGCCAAAGCACUUUUAUAACAAGAUCUGGGAGAUUCUUCAACGCACACCACAGGGCAUCUUGACGCAGGGUCAUCAUCUACCUGCCACGCCCACACUAACAAGCAUGAGUCGCGGCGAAUUAUCAUUCAACUUGCUCGUGGAGGAAACGCUCAUUUGCAUUGAUCGACCCGAAAGAAGACAGAUUACGGUCGAGCUGCUUUGCAUUGUUGCCACCAUUCUAAAUCGCAAUCCCGAACUGCACUUUAAGCAGGCGCUCGACUUGGAUGGCAUAAUUGCGGAAGCAUUUGCCAUGUACUGCAAGGAUAACAACAUACAGCAUCAGCCGCAGUCGACGGAACACAAGCAGGAGGAUUUGACAGCCUUCUACUCGUUGCCCUACUCUGAAACUACAGGGUAUUUAGCACGUGCUGCCGUUAACAAAGUGCUGCAGGGCGGCAUCUUCUCCACCACCGAGGAUGAUGUGCAGCUUGAUGGCGACCAUUUGCAUGAUGACAACUGCAAGGUGUCCUAAGGCGGAGCCUAUGUUCAAAGCACAGUUUGGCAUAUCCUCGUUGUUGACCCAUCUUUGGGGCUAAUCAAAAAAUAUGAUAAACAUAAAUUUACUAAACUAUCCAAAGUAGCUCGAAUUUGUAGCCUGUUCUAACUAUUUUUAUUGUAUGUGUACUCUUAUUUUCUUGUCUUUGCCAUAGUUGUUAAUUGAAUGUUAUAUACUAUUAUAUUA